CACAGUGGCACUGGCACUGUAGCCUGUAGGUCGAAUCAUACAGUUUUUUGACUUUUGAUGACUGAUAGUUUUCGAGUAAAAUGCUUUCUAUUCUCUCUUUUUAUCACUUAUGGUGCUCCAAAAAAAGUUAAUAACAAACCUGUGCUUAUGUAUCGACUUUUAGCGAAUGGCAAAUUGAUAGUAUUUACAUUUUAUACACUGGUGUAGCUUGAUAAUUGCUUCUUUAUACCAUGUGACAUCACGGUUACAUGUAGUUAUGGACGGAACUAGAAAGCAAAAGGAAUCAGGGACGAUUAUACCAGAUAUGCGUCUGAAAGAAUGCGAGUUGUUCGAGCUAGUACAUGUCGUUCGCGUACGUCCUGUUUUGAAGGAAAGUUGCAUAGAUCGGGAUAGAACUACUUAUGUGAGGCUGUGGAGCUGUUUUGAAGACUCGGAAAGGUGCUUGUUGAUUUUGUUGUGUCGUAAUAAGAGCAACAAGAAAGAAACGUUUCUUGUUCGUCAUUAUCAACUUUACGAAAAAGCAAUCUUGAAGGAAAUUCCUUGGUUUCAGAGUCCAGUUAGAUCCAUCCGGUGUCUGUCUCUUGAUCCAUCUGGUUCGUGGCUGUUAUGUUCAUGUGAAGACAAAUAUCUUUAUCUCCUUCCAGUCCUCGCUCUUAUACUGGGACCGGAAGAAGUGGACUGUCCACCUCACUGGCAAAACAAUGAUCUUACUAAAUUUCCACCUCACGAGAGGAAAGGAGUUGUGACAAGUAUGGUUUGGUGGGAACAAUCACUGAUAAACACGCAUAUUUGUAUACUGGGCACUGAAUUGGGCGAAAUCGUGUUUGUGGAUCUUCACAAGUUUGGUCAAAUUAUAUUUCAAACCAGUGUUGAGGGUGCAGUGAAGACGUUAAGCAUCGUACAGGAUAGAGUUCAUGGCACUUGCUAUUUAUUGAUCCAGACGUGUGAGAAAACAUGGAAGUUACUAUUGGAAAGUUACUCUCUUCAAAUACCUUCAAGACAUGACACUGUUUUUAUGCCAGAAGGUGGACUGGGAUACGAAAUGCUUCAUGAACAAUCUAUACCGUUACAUUCCUUGCUGGUAUCACAACAGGACAGCUCGUCAUUUCAGAUGGAACAGAUACGCUAUCAGAACGAGAAUGAGAACGUUCAACUGUCAAUUCAAUACGCCAGGAACCAGUUUUUCCUUGCCUUGCUCAAUUCUUCCAACAAAAUAUACAAGGUGUUUGAUGUUGAUCGCGAGAACGUACCAAUGUUUGUCUAUGAUUUAAACGAACUCACAAGAGAGGUUUUAUUGACUGAUAGAUUGUUGUUUACUGUCUGUGGAAACGAGGAACAGACUCAUAUUAACAUUCUUUCCAGUCAAUUGGCUGAGACCGGAUUACCUGGCACGAAUGCCAAAACAAAGGCGUCAAGUUGUAUUCAGGCAUUCACGCUCCCCCCUGGCGAGACAGUGCUGGCUAUUUAUCGUCUAACGACUUACGCCAUAUUGGCGAAAACAAAGCAUGCCGUCCACCCGCAAUCACACCCGGUUGAUGGGUGCCUUGUUAUCACUACAGCUGCUGUAUAUGAGAUCAGACCAAGGGUAUCGCCUGAAGAACUAUUUAUUGAACUGGCUGUGAAUAAUGUUGAUACCGUCGCUGCUGAUAGAUUGGCCAUUAUCACAGGAUUGGACGUCAAUACAUUAUAUGAGCAAGCUGGAGACAUUGCAAUGGAUGCCGGACAACUUCAGCAUGCGCUGGAACUUUACCAAGCUUCUAAGUCUCGGCACAGUCGUAGAGUAAAGAAAUUUGCUCAACAUGCUGGAAUGGCUGACGUUAUUACGUAUAUACAAGAGAUUCUCGAGAAACCUGCUGACGUUUCCUCUGGUGAUAGAAAACAACUGGCAAAUAUGGCUAUGAAGUGUUUUGUUCAGCAGAUCCUUGCAAAAGACUCGGACGAUAGCGAAGAGAUGGUUAAGCUUAGAGAAAAGUUUUGUCAGUUCAUCAACGACAACUUCGACUAUGACGAAUACAGCGCACUGGACCUGCUUGCAUCUUUUGGACUGGAAGAGUAUUUGUUCCAGGUUGCUAAGGCACGUGGGUUAGUGAAACAAGGUCUUGAGGUCCUUGCGGAAAAAGGGCAUUUUCAUCUCAAGAAGUCGACUCAAGAGUUUCUCAUUGCCAAGGGAUUUGCUGACAUAGUAUGUCAAAGUUGUAAUGGUGCUUUUUUACGAUGUAUGUCCCCUGAGGAUGCAAUCCAACUUUUAUUGGCCAAGCCUGAAUCGAUUCUUCCUCACCUGAACUAUGUGAAGUCAUUGCUGCCUGUUCUUAAUGAGUCCACGUUGUUACGCAUUGCCAGGCUCUUCGAUCCUUCCAGACCUGCAGCAAAGACUUUGCUCAUGAAAUUCUCUAAUACUCCGAGAAGACAAAGGGUUCAUUCCGGUGCAUCUCUAACAUCACUGGACAGCUAUCUUAGUUUCACUCGUGAAACAAACAGCUCAGCAAUUUCGGAUCUACUGGAGCUAUUCCUUGCAACACUUGUGGUCUUGAACUCAAAAAGACACUUCAACACUUUCCCUGACUUAUUAUUAAUUGCUGACAACUGUGAAGAAAAGACGAAAUCAAAACAACUGGAAGAGAGCAUUUUACGAGGCGGUGUUCUUCCCGAAUAUGUGACGUUAUCUUGUGGUCAGGAGCAUUCGGCACUUGUAACAGACACUGGUGAUGUUUACACUUGGGGAAAAUCAUGUAAUGGAAGGCUAGGUCAUGGAGAUCUGAUUGAAGAAGAAGGCAAAUCGGCUCCUUUUCGUGUUGAGCUUCUACACAUUCAAAAAAUCAAAGUGCGAUCUGUUGCUUGUGGAAGGGAGCACACCUUAGCCUUGACUAAACAAGGAGUUUAUGCGUGGGGUUCGUCAGAUUAUGGCCAGCUCGGUUUAGGCAACACCAACAAACAGACCCGUCCAGUGUUCGUCACAGAGCUUGCAGACAAAGAUUGCAUCGCACUUACGUGUGGCUACUACCAUUCCUUGGCGUUGUCCGCUGACCGCGGUGUGUGGUCCUGGGGCUGGGGUGUUCAUGGUCAAUUGGGAUUUGGCAAUGUGGAAGAUUAUCUUGUUCCAGUACGAGUUUCGUCGUUAGAUCGCUGUAGUGUCAUACGGCUGGCUGCUGGGUAUUCACACACUGCUAUCCUCACGUCUGAGGGAAAGGUGUAUACCUUCGGUGGAGGUGUGUUUGGUCAGCUUGGAUUGGGGCCAGUGAAGAAACAGUCGAAACCUAAACUGGUUGAAGGAAUCGCUCAUGAAAAAGUGCAGUUACUGUGCUGUGGUUCGUUUGAAACGAUGGUGGUCACUUUAGAUCGAAAAUUUUACAAGUGGGGAAGAAAUGCACAAUUGAUACGGCAAGCAAAAGACUACUUUCAAAAAAUGGACAACAGGAAUGUUCAACGAAAGGAAUUAACGCAUCAACUUGUUCCUGUAGAAGUUCAAAUGAAAAUAUUCUCCCCGAUUGUCCAGAUAUGUUGCGGCAAUAACCACGCAAUAUUUCUCACGGAAAGUGGUAAUGUUUACACGAUGGGACAGAAUGAUCACGGACAACUGGGAUUAGGCAACAAAACUGAACGCACAAGUCCAGUGCUCGUUCAAGAGUUACUAACUCACGAAGUGAUUUCUGUUGGAGCUGGAGCAGCACAUUGUGUGACUGUCACCGCACAAGGACAAACAUUUGUCUGGGGAAGAGGGGAUAGUGGACAGCUUGGUUUAGAAAUUCCAAAAUUGAAGGAUAUUACCAUACCAACAUCGUUGAAGAACAUUCCAAUCAGUAAACUAUCGGAUAAAUGGAACAAUUCAGCUGAAUCAUUGGAAGAUUCCAAAUUAGGUGAACUUGAAUUCGAAAAAGACCUGUCAGAGUUAUCUUCUAUUGGCACCAUUCCCUACAGCCGCGAGUCUUUGGCGACAGCGCUGUAUCAAUUGUGGGGUUUUUAUAAUGAUGGGGAUAUUUUGAGACAUUGCAAUGAUUCCAAUGACACAUUUUCGUCCUCUGUGAUUUACAAAAUACAAGAGAAUUGGGCUAUAUUCCUCAGCUAUCGUCUAAAGUCUUUAUCUAAUUGGUUUGGCACGAUGAAGGCUAGGGGUCUGGUUAAAACUGACGUUCUCAAUGAGCUAGAAAAACUGACUGUAACUGUCAUCGCUGAUGCUGUUAGGAAUUUAUCAAACACUUGCUCAGAGGAUUAUUUUCCAAUUCAACAAGCUGUGUUACUUGUCAAUGAGAUUUUACGGUUUUGGAAAGAUGAUAUUUUCGAUCAAUCAGUACUAGAAUCAUUGUUGGAUUCACACAUGGAUUUUCUGGCGUGCCCUAUUUCUCUUUUGGUUCUAAGAGAUAAUUCAAUACGCGAAAGACAAUGCAAUAAAGCAAUCGGUGAAAAGGAUGAGAAUCGAUAUUCAUAUCUACGGCGGGAGUUUAGUCCUGGGUUUCUAUUUCGUGUCACUGAAGCUACCGUGGAACAGUUGAGGACAGAAUGCCCACGGCGAAAUAUAUUUAGCAAAGAUUUGGAUUUGCUCCUGACAACAAGGACUAUGGGUAGCACUCCUCCUCGAUAUACGUCAUUCAUGCCACAGGAACCCCCAGACACAUCCGAGGUCGCAUUGCAAGAGCAGAACCGAAAAUCGGGCAAAAUUACGCAAGAAAAACUUUGGCAGGAAAUUAUAGAUAAUUUCAAACGCAAUCUAGAAAAAAUGACCACUAUUUCGCUGUCUUCUACUGCAGGAUCGACGCUUGUUGCGGCAUCUUUGAAUUUAGAACAACAGAGCGAAGCCACGCGUGUGCCACGAGGUAGCGUGGUCGUGUUCACGUGCGAACAUAGUUUUGCUUCUGCGCAUUUCAUGGACCUGAUCCUGCCUGAGUUUGAGCAACGGAUGAGCGAGCUGCCUAAAGCACUGCCUCAGUUAACCGAGCAUCUUGUAUUGAAAUAUCAUCAGCGCAGUGAACUGUACCCGACCAGUUGUCCUGUGUGUGUUUAUAAUUUCAUACGUGAAGAUCAGAUCAAGGAUAAGAAAUUUUCAGCUAAAGGAAAACCACCUCAACCUUGGGAUAUUUAGAAUUACACAAUCAUCUUUAAUUCAUUACGUCAGCCACAUGUUAGAAAUAAAAAUUUAAACGUAAGAAACCCGCCGAAAAAGCCUCGCAAAUUUUUGUUGCAGGAAGAAAUGCACAAAGGUUUUGCCACAAUUACGGCAACACAAUGCACUUUGAGACCAUUAGUCAUUACUUGUGGUGUGAUAUGCUUUCCUCACAUAAGGCGGCGAUGUAUUGUCGUUGGCCAGUGGCGAAGAAAGUUUAUUGAACGUUUAGAUUUCGGACAAGAACGGAAAGAAAGACGGCUAAUAAUAUAAUGAAAUUCAUUAUAGCAAAGAAAAUAAUUGAAUAAUUUAAAUUGCGACCUGUUUACAACGAUUCAUAGCAUAAUUUC